GUCGAUGCCCGCUCUGAGAACCUCCAAACUCCACUGAUGUGGGCAGCCACGCGGGGGCAGCUCAAGGUUGCAAAAGUCCUCCUUGAAGCCAAAGCAGAUCCCCACGCUCAGGACAGCGUGGGUGCCUCACCGUUCAUCCUCGCAGUGCAGCAUUCGCAGAUUGGCGUCUUGCUGCUACUUUUUGCACUUUGCAAGCACUCGGAGCUCUUCGCGUCUAAAGACUGCAAGGGCUGUGGUGCCCUACAUUGGGCAGCCUACAAAGGUGACGAGCCAAGCCUACAGCUUCUGGAGUACUUCAGCGCCGAUUUUCACGCGGUGGACAACGAGCAGAUGACUCUUCUACACCGAGCUGCACAAGGUCAUCAGGAUCGCAUUAUCCCCUUCCUGCUGGAGCGAGGCGUUGACCCCUCGGCGGUCGACAACCAGGGCCGGACCUGUUUGGAGGUGGCGCAGCAGGUGAGCGCAAAGUCUGCCACAGCCAGGCGCCUUGCGCGACUUUUAGA